AUGUCGGAACAACCUCGCAUGCCCGACGGCUCGGUGCUGGGUGAGUCCUGGGUGAUGGCGUCUACGGCCUCAAUCCAAGAUGGAGACCAGAAAACAGCUUCAUCAAUCCUAGAACAGAACUCGAAGGACUCGAAGGAGCCGACGAGUCCAACUCCUCAGCCGAGAUCUAGACCCGCGCGAAACAAGGACAAUGAUACGACCGCAGAAUCAACAUCGUCGCUGACGUCCUCAUCAUGGACCGUAUCAGGCCCCGAGCUUAUAAUGCCCUCCAUUUACGAGGUCCCCAUUUCCGAAGCAUCAUGGGUUGCACCUGCUAUUCGCUCGAAAGACCAAGCUUCCAUGAGGAAGCGAGGCAAACCACCAAGUCAAGAAAAACAACCCAGUACUGCGCCUGGGAUCCCAGACGCUGGCUCGUUUAUCCCAAUACCGCAACAACCACGAAGCUUGAUCGCAAAGCUCACAACAUUCUGUGGAGGCCAAACAACCCUCCGUACAGCACUGAACGGCCUUCUUAUCGCUUUCAUCUGUCAUCUAUUAGUCCUCCCCGAGAUCAUCUAUCAAUUCCAAGACCUCUGCCAUUUCCCCACCGUGAAAGACACAUAUCCAGAUAGCUGCGUUCAACUCAAACCACGAAGCCACCCCUUCUACCCAUCAGCCAAUCCCGUCACCUCCCCCGAGGAAACCAUCACGACUUCCCAACAAGACCUCGAGUCCAUCUUUGAUACCGUCCUCCAAACACUCUCUCCUCUCACAAAUACCCUCAAAGAAAGCGAGUCCAUGCUUCACGACCUACAAGAAAAACUCCAGUCCACCUUCCCAGACGUGCGCAAUGCCCUCGAUCUCGAAUUCCGAGGAAGCGACCAGGCUCUUCGCGCCGCAGCCUGGGAAUUCGACUCAUUGCGUGCCGACCUCCGCUCCGCCGUCGAUAGCCUCCUCUCCUCUCCACCCACCCAGGAGCUGAAAGGAUCUGCCUCGAUUGCACGCGACACGCGCCUCGCAGCUCAGAUCCGCCGACGCGCAGAGUACCUCGAUCGACUACGCGCUCAGAUCCGUACCAAAGCCGACUCACUGGGCACGCGAUUCAGCACAUUGGACGACCACCUCGAGGCUGUGGACGGCAUUGUCACACGGCAAGAACGCAAGGGCUCACUUCUGGCCGCGGCGUCUGGUGGAGUCGCAGCAGGAGCAGGAGGGGGCGACGGGACGGGCUUGUACGCAGUUCUGAACUCAUUAUCAGACUAUGCCUCUUUCGGAUCGCGAGUUUGGUCGCGAUCGAUAGGUGACUCGUCAGCUCCUGGGCCAAACUCUGAUGGUGACAGGGACAGAAAGCCCAAUCCGCAACCUGUCACAACCCUUGCGUUGGUCAGGCUUGCGGCGACGCACCAUCGCCCCGUGGCUGAUGCGGUGGCAGGCCUGUCACGACAAUUGCGGGAUGUUCAGCGUGCUCGGUCGGGCCCCACUUGGUAA